ACAAAGCUUCAGGGCUUAGCUUUGACCUGCCUUUUCAGGUCAUGGUGGGAUUACUGGUCUGUCUAUAAUCCCAGCAAGCUUGCUGUGGUGGCCUCUCAGACUUUUGUUAGUGGCUCUCAAUCAGGUUCUGAGAGAGAUUAGGGUAUGAACAUUUCUUGGCCAGGGCUAACGCGACUGGUGGUUUCGAACCAAGCUUUGGUCUUUCCUGUUAUCCGCCAAUUCAGAUUUCUGGAAUCGUCGGUUGCUGGAUUGAGAUUACCUCAGCAACCAAUCGCAACAAUGGCGUGUCACGCUGCGGAGGCACUGAGCUUGUCAGCUAGAUCACCAAUUGUUCCAGCUCCCAAGCCGUGCAGAUUGCACAGAAUAACGACGAAUAACGCUUUGGCUCAAGUGAACCGCCUCGAUUCGUUCCUUGGAAACCAGCUAAGAUUACGGAAUGACCGAAUCAGACCAUACGCGUCCGUGUCCUCAGCGAUGCCGUCGGCGAUCGCAGCUUCAGCAGCUGUCGAGGCGAAGGAGGUUUCCCCCCCGACUCAAUCAGAUGACGGUGCCGCGAAACCGGCUGCUGCUCCUGCCACGUGGAAGGCGAGCAUUGACUUCAAGUGGAUAAGGGAGAAUCGGGACCUGGUGGAGGUCAAUGUGAAGGAACGGCAGUCCAAUGCUGACGUGGACCGAGUCGUGGAGCUGUAUGAAGACUUCGUUUCUAAAAAUCUGGAGGUGGAUCGGCUACGCGCGGAGCGGAACAGAGUGGCGAACGCCAUGAAGGCGAAGCUGGAGGCCGAUGAGAGAGAGAGGCUGGUCAGCGAAGGCAAGCAUCUCAAAGACGUGCUCGCGGGCCUGGAGGCUGAGCUGGGAGAGGUCGCAUCUGAGCUGCAGCGGGAGGGCCAGCGCCUUCCCAACCUGACCCAUCCUGACGUGCCGCGUGGCGGAGAGGAAGUGGCUGCGACUUUGCGAACGGUGGGCGAGAAGCGCGUCUUCUCGUUCCCCCACAAGGACCACGUGGAGCUCGGCCUCGCGCUCGACCUCUUCGACUUCGACUCCGCCGCUGAGGUGAGCGGCGCCAAGUUCUACUAUCUGCGCAACGAGGCGGCGCUGCUGGAGAUGGCGCUGCUCAACUGGGCGCUCGCCCUGCUCGUGGCCCGCGGCUUCACUCCCGUUUCCACCCCUGACCUCGUGCGCUCGCAUGUCGUGGAGCGCUGCGGCUUCCAACCCCGCGCGGCCAACACGCAGGUGUACUCAGUGGAGGGGUCGGACCUUUGCUUGGCCGGCACUGCAGAGAUCCCCGUGGGCGGCAGCUUCAUGGAUAAGAUUCUUAGCGAAUCGGAUCUGCCGCAGCGCGUAGUGGCCUUCUCCCACUGCUUCCGCACGGAGGCUGGCGCCGCUGGGUCCGCCACCAGGGGGCUGUACCGCGUGCACCAGUUCAGCAAGCUGGAGAUGUUUGUGGUGUGCCGCCCGGAGGAGAGCGACGCCUUUCACCAGGAGCUCAUUCAGAUAGAGGAGGAGAUGUACACCGCUCUCGGCCUGCACUUCGUCACUCUUGACAUGCCAACUGCGGAUCUAGGGGCUCCUGCGUACCGCAAGUUUGACAUUGAGGCCUGGAUGCCGGGCCUAAAUCGAUAUGGAGAGAUCUCUAGUGCGUCAAACUGCACAGACUACCAAGCUCGCCGACUGAACAUCAGAUAUCGUCCUGCGACAAACUCUGGUGAUGAGGAUGCAAGCUCUACCAAGCCAGAGAAAGGGAAGAAGAAAGGAGGAAAGGCUAAAGCGCCUUUGGCUCCACCACGCUUUGCCCACACAUUGAAUGCUACGGCGUGUGCAGUUCCGCGGUUGAUUGUGAGCAUCCUAGAGAACUUUCAACAGGAGGAUGGCUCUGUAGAGAUUCCGGUGGUUUUGAGACCAUAUAUGGGUGGUAUCUCGAUUAUUAGGCCCAGGUAAUAUAGGGUUGAUGUGGUUUCCGAAGUGCCGUUUACUGUUCAACUGCAACUUCAUUGGGGACUCAACCCACACAAGCUAUGAACGUCGCUGCCUUCACCCCCCUGGCGUGACGCGUUGUGGUUGGUCAGUGCUUGCGUGUUUCAAGGACAUGCUGCGUCGGUCCCGAAUUCCACUGUCAAUUCCCUCGAGAAUGCCACA